GAUUAUGCUGAAUUCUGCAGACUCUUCCUGAUGCAGCCUAUUGGAUCGCGGCUUGACAAUUUUCAGAGAUCAGCUCCUUUCCAUCCGCCCGCCACCCACUCUUCUCGGGCUGCGGGUUCUUCGAGUAGGACUCCAAAGAGGAGGCCUACGACUGAUCCUUCUUCUUCUACUCGGGCUGAAGGUUCAUCUCAAGCCGGCCCUAGCCACUCGGCCGGCCAUUCCAGGGCUCCCCGGGCUGUAACAGAGGCUACCGGGUCACUUCAUUCAGACUUGGCCAAUUUACGUCUUCCGUACAGCAUUUCCUACCAUACUCCUGGCGCUCCUUUAGCCUUUCGAGAGGUCUCGCUGGAAAAUGUGGAUCGCUUGGCUCUGCCUUCUGAGGACAUUACUGAGGUUCCUGUUGGAUUGAUCAAUCCAAUCAGAUGAUGGAAUUGAUGCUCG